GAAUCCUUUGAGUCUGAGUGAUGACUACAAAGGUCGUGUGACUUACCAUAGUGAUAAGAAGAAUGGACACACCCUGAGAAUCACAGACCUGAGAGAGAGAGACUCAGCUACGUACAAGUUCAGAUUUAUAACAGAUCAGACUGGAGGGAAAUAUACUGGUGAUCCUGGAGUCACUCUGUCUGUCACAGCUCUGCAGGUGAAGGUAACUUCUACAACUUUGGUGACAAUUACCUGUAGCACCACCUGUACUCUGACUGACAACCCCACCUACAUCUGGUACAAGAACGGACACAAAGUAAAGGAGGACACUUCCAGCCUGUACUCAGACUACUUUAAUGAUGCAGACAGUUACUCCUGUGCUGUAAAAGGCCACGAGGAUCUCAGAUCUCCUGCAGUGUACAAACCAAAGAAGACCUCAGUGUCAGUCAGUCCCUCUGGUGAAAUAGUGGAGGGCAGUUCAGUGUCUCUGACCUGCAGCAGUGAUGCCAACCCACCUGUGGACAAAUACACCUGGUACAAGAAGAAUGGAGGUGGCUAUCAGAGUAUGACAGGACCACAGCAUGUCUUCAAUCAAAUCCAGUCAUCUGACACUGGAGAGUACUACUGUGAGGCCCAGAAUGAGAUGGGGACAGACUGGUCUAGGAUCAUGAACAUGGAUGUGAAGUACGGCCCAAAGAGCACCUCAGUGUCAGUCAGUCCCUCUGGUGGAAUAGUGGAGGGCAGUUCAGUGACUCUGACCUGCAGCAGUGAUGCCAACCCACCUGUCCAGAGUUACACCUGGUGGUACAAGAAGAAUGGCGGUGGCUAUCAGAGUAUUACAGGACCACAUCUUGUCUUCAAUCAAAUCCAGUCGUCUGACACUGGAGAGUACUGCUGUGAGGCCUGGAAUGGGAUUAAGACAGGGAGGCCUGAAUAUAUCAACAUCAAUGUGAGAUAUAAGCCAAAGAGCACCUCAGUGUCAGUCAGUCCCUCUGGUGAAAUAGUGGAGGGCAGUUCAUUGACUCUGACCUGCAGCAGUGAUGCCAACCCACCUGUGGACAAAUACACCUGGUACAAGAAGAAUGGAGCUUCACUGACAGGAUCUGAAAAGACAUACAAUUUCACCACCAUCAGCUCUGAGGACAGUGGAGAAUACUACUGUGAGGCUGAGAAUAAAUAUGGACGUCUCAUCUCUUCUUCUGUGUCUGUGGACGUUCAGUAUGAACCAAAGAACACCUCCGUGUCAGUCAGUCCCUCUGGUGAAAUAGUGGAGGGCAGUUCAGUGACUCUGACCUGCAGCAGUGAUGCCAACCCACCUGUGGACAAAUACACCUGGUACAAGAAGAAUGUAACCUCACCAAAAUCAUCAGGACAGAGUUACAGCAUCACUAACAUCACCUCUGAGGACAGAGGAGAAUACUACUGUGAGGCCCAGAAUGGAAGAGGAUCUAUGAACUCUACAGCUCUGAUGAUCAUUGUAGCAGUGAAACAAACAGUUCUGACUGCAGCUGUAGGAAUCAUAGUUGUUGUUCUGGUUCUCAUCCUCUGUCUCUCUGGACUCAUGUGUUUCAGGAAGAAGGCCUCCAAAUCCCCCUCUGACACAAGACACACAGCAGACGAUGGACAGGGAGACUCUGGUCCAGUGUAUGACAACGUCUCAAGCGUGGUAAAGAGUCCUACGGACAACCCCACAGACAACCAGGAUGACAUUCACUACGCCAGCGUCCACUUCUCUCACUCCAAAAACCAGGAAGUGCCUCUGUACUCCACCGUCCAACUGCCUCAAACCCAGAAACAGGAUGAGGAUGUCCAGUACUCUGCUCUGAAAUUCAACUUCCCCAGUGCUGCCACCCUACCCACAGCAGCACAAGCAUCUGAGGAGGACCCCUCUGUUCUCUACAGUACAGUCAACAAACCCAGAACCAAGAAGAGCUGAACAUUACAAACCCAGAACCAAGAAGACCUGAACACAACAAACCCAGAAACAAGAAGACCUGAACACAACAAACCCAGAACCAAGAACACCUGAACGCAACAAACC